UUUCGAUCCCGUUUGUUUUGAUUGUCUUUUUGUAAUGGAGGAAUGCAGCGAAUUGCGACGGUACGAGCUCGAAGCCAUGGAAGCAGUCUACGCUGAGGACUGCACCAUUGACUAUGAACGCAGCAAGGGGACAGUUUGCAUUAAGCUUGCUGAGGACCUCUGUGAAACAGCUACUAGAAACAGCUUUGGCAGGGCCAUUCACCACCUGCCGCCAGUGCAGCUCAGCUUCACUCUGCCGAGCCUCUAUCCGUUGCAGUGCCCGCCGGAGAUCAAGGUAGCUUGCGACUGGCUGACUCCAGAGUCGCUUGUAAGCAUCACACAGCUCCUGAACACGAUCUGGUCUGAAGAUGGCGGCAGUGGUGUUCUGGACAUAAUGGUCAGCUCGGUCCGAUAUGAUCUCGAUGCAGCCAAUCUCCAGGUCUUGCCUGAAUCACUAGACAGGAUCAUGUCGUUUGACAAGCUCAAGGAGAAGGAGGAUUUUGAGUCGCACACCUAUCCAUGCAUGAUCUGCAUGGAAAAACAGUCAGGCAAGCAUUGCGUUAGACUAUCAUGCUCGCAUAUACACUGUCGCCAAUGCAUGGCUGGGUAUCUGGGCAUGCUAAUCGACGAAGGGAGCGUGGUUUCGCUACGGUGUCCACACCCAGACUGCCGCAAGCCCAGCUCGUCAUCACGGAUCACAGCCGAGGAGCUCGAGGAUCUGGUGGAUGCAGCACAUGUCCUGCGAUACAAGGAUCUUUUGGACAAGCGGCGAGUCGAAAUAGACGGUGGGUACGCGUGGUGUCCGCGGCAAGGGUGCGGUAGAGCCGCUAAGCGCGACUCCUCGGUCGACAAGCUCUGCGUGUGCUCGUGCAGGUUUGCGUUCUGUCUCAUGUGUAGCAGCGUGUGGCAUGGCACAAACUACUGCAAGGUGAACAACCAGCAGGUGAUUGUCAACAAGUACAGGGCGGCGCUAGAGUCAAAUCCAGAUGCGGUGAGGCAGAUGGAGAGGCAGUACGGCAAAACUGUGCUGGCCCGCAUGCUGAAGGCGGUGCUGGAAGAAGAGGAGACCAUGGAGUUUAUCCGCAGCUCCACGCAGCAAUGCCCGUCAUGCUCUUUGGCAAUAGCAAAGUCGUAUGGAUGCAACCAUAUGGUUUGCUCGCACUGCAACACACAUUUCUGCUACCUGUGCGGUGCGUUCAUUGACAAGGGCGACCCGUUCAUCCAUUUCAACGACAAGGGGUCAAAGUGCCACAUGCGCCUGUUUGAGGGUAUCGUAGAGGACGAACAGACUGCAGAGGAUGCAGAGGAUGCGGACGAGGCAGAGGCUAACCUGCUCAUCAACAUGGCUUUAGGCGACGACUAGGAAUAUUUUUAGAUUCACAAGCUGUUCGCUCCAACCAAAAUAGAUAUGCCAACCAUGAGGCGCAAAAGGCUAUUGUUGAACUAGGACCAAGCGUUGGCAACUUUCAAAAGG